AUGGAAACCUCCCAAAGAACAUUGAUUCCGAUAGCCGUGAAUUUUCACUUUACUCGUAAAUGCAAUUACAAAUGUGGAUUUUGUUUUCAUACCGCUAAAACUUCCGAUAUGCCAACGUUAACAGACUCACAACUCGCCUUAAAGAAAUUAAAAGAUGGAGGAAUGCGUAAGCUCAACUUCGCCGGUGGAGAACCGUUUCUCUAUCCUAAAUAUCUCGGAGAUCUUGUACGCUACUGCAAGCAGGACCUAGGCCUUGAGUCAGUGUCCAUUGUGACGAAUGGAAGUAAGGUGAAACGUGAUUGGUUCAUUCGAUAUGGCGAAUACCUUGACAUCAUGGCGGUCUCGUGCGAUUCUUUUAAUGAGAAGACCAAUGUACGAAUUGGUCGAGGUCAAGGCUUGCAUCUCAAGGCCGUACAAGAAGUUUCUUCUCUCUGUAGAGAAUUUCGUGUCAAAUUCAAAGUCAAUACCGUGGUAUGCCGGUAUAAUUGGCAGGAGGAUAUGAAUCAUGACAUAUCCUUGCUUCAACCGUUUCGAUGGAAAUGUUUUCAGGUUUUGAUCGUACCUGGAGAAAACACAGGGACUGACGGUACUUUGAGAAACGCUACCGAAUUCCAAAUAAGCAGCGCGGAAUUCGAGGCCUUCAUAAAUCGACACGCAAAAGUCCAUGGGGAAAAACUCGUUCCCGAACCAAACAAUCUGCUGCGCCAUUCGUAUUUAAUGAUAGACGAGCACUUGCGGUUUUAUGCGUCAGGAAAUACUCCUUCGGUACUCACGUUACUUGACACAGACCUCCAAACUUUGCUCAAAGAUGCUGGAUGGGAUGAAGCCGCUUUUAUUAAAAGAAGUGGCGUGUAUGAUUGGUCACGUAAACCCAACACGACUCCAUGUAGCAGCAAGUUCCGUGACCAAAAAUUGGAUUGGUAA